GGCGAUGAAAAAAGCCUCCUGGGGGGGCCUCUUGGGGGGGCGGCUGGAGAUGCCCUAAGCGUGAGGAGUUUGCUCAAGCUAGCUGGGAGAGAAAUUAAGGGAAGCAAGCAUACUCUAGCAAGAGCUGGUGCCUAGCUAGCUAGUAGAACUUGGGCGUCAUGGAUCAGCUUGACGAGCAGUCGUUCCUGGACGAGCUUAUGUCGCUGCGCCGGGACGAAGCGCCGGUGCCGGCUCCGGCUCCGUGGCAGGCGUACCCGGCCAGUGGCAUGAUGACGACGAGCGACCUCCUAUUCUACGGCGGCGAGGGCGCUGCCGAGGCGAGCAGCGGCAUGGACUUGGCCGGGCCCUUUCAGCAGCCCAUGGCGCCACCGCCGGCCGCGCCACCGCACCGGCCGCAUGAGGAGUUCAACUUUGACUGCCUCAGCGAAGUGUGCAACCCUUAUAGGAGCUGCGCCGGCGGCGGCGUCCCAGGGCCUGGCGUCGUCAACGCGGCCGGCCAGGCGUAUGCCCUCCACGACGCCAUGGCGGAGGAUCACCCGAGCUGCGGCAACCUGGAUCACGGUGGUGGGUCGUCGUCGUCCCCGGUGCCGUUCGUGUUCGGAGCAGGAGGCGCCGGGGAGACGUCGGAGAUGACCAGGGGCGUCUUCUCCGGCGGCCACCCUAGAAGCAAGCUCAACCGCGGCACUAGGUCCAAGAACCUCAUGGCGGAAAGGCGGCGCCGGAAGCGUCUCAACGACCGCCUCUCCAUGCUCCGCUCCAUCGUGCCCAAGAUCAGCAAGAUGGAUAGGACCUCGAUCCUUGGGGACACCAUAGACUACGUGAAUGAACUAACCGAGCGGAUCAAAGAGAUCGGCGCCACGCCGGAGGAGCUGAACCUGCUGAACACCAGGAAGAAUUUCUCCAGCGGUAGCAGCGAGGAGAUGGCGAUGAGGAAUUCCACAAAGUUUGUCAUCGAGAAGCAGGGCGAUGGCGAAAUGAGGAUCGACAUGUGCUGCGCCACAAGCCCUGGUGUGCUUAUCUCGACGGUGAGCGCGCUGGAGGUGCUGGGGUUGGAGAUUGAGCAGUGCGUUGUCAGCUGUUUCGGUGACUUCGCCAUGCAAGCAUCCUGCUCACAAGAGGAAGGGAGGAGCCGAGUGACAAGCACCGACGAGAUCAAGCAGGCAUUGUUCACAAGUGUAGGCUAUGGAGGAAGGUGUCUCUAGAUCGAUGGAGCACUCCAAUUCAUCAAUCAUGUAGCAGAACAAGCUGCUUGUAAUUUGGUAAUUAGUCAUCCUUGAGAUUUGUGUUUGCAUAUAUUUGCUUGAUUUGUUUUGAAAUAUAUCUGCAUGAAUCAAGCAUAUGUAGUGUUUAUGUUAGAUUUUUGAAUAGUAGUACUAUCUAAAGUUCAAAUGUUUGUGACAAGAUUGUAAUAGUUGGGUGUGUGUCCGUGAGUGUAAUGCAUGCAUGUAUGUAUCAAUGUGGAGUGGUGUAUUGGGAUUUGGCCGACAUGA